AUGCCCGUGAUUCUUGAACCGGAUGGUAUCGCAAAGUGGCUGGAUCCUGAUGUCAGGUGGAACUCGGAGUUGGCAGCAUUAUUGAAACCUUAUGAGAAGGAAGUUCCUCAAGAAGUUGGGAAAGUAGGCAAUGAUUCUCCAAGUUUCAUUGUUCCCAUUGAUUCUUCGAAUUCGAUAUUUAAACUCGAUGGAUUAAAGAAGGAAGACAAAGGAAGCACAAGCACUAUAUUAAAAUUCUCACCGGAGAACAUUAAAAAGGAGGAGGAUAAAAAUGUUUUAUUUGAAUCUUCUGGGUUUCAUGUGAAAGAGGAGCAAGAUGAUAAAAAAUUGAUCAAGUUGGAGUCUGAUUCAACAAUCCCCAGAAAGCGUUCACGAUAUGAUUCAGAUGAUGAAGACAAAGUGGAAGAAUCAUCAUCAUGUAAACUCGAAGAUGGUGUAAAGAAGGAGGAAUCAUCUUCGGAUGAGAUAGGUCCUGGUCCUAGGAAAAUGUUGCGCAAGGAAAAGGGAUCCAGUUCACCCCCGAAAAAGUCAUCAAAACCUAAAAAUAGGUGA